UUUUAGAAAUGAGUCAAGAACUCCUGUAAACAAAACAUUGGAUAUUUAUAUAAUGACAUGCAUGCACAUUAUUCCCUGUCAAUUGUUGUGAAGUAGUUGACUUUGUUACAGCAUCAUGUAGGAAAAGCUGUUUUUCCAAUAGGAGCCACAUAAAUCUAUUGAGAGACAUUGGACGUUUCCAUAUGCAUGUGACGUCCACUCAGAGAUCAAAACCCGGAUUAUUGUAAGAGGACAUGAGAGCACAUCAUUACAUAAUGUAAAUAAAAACAUUGCAGGCAGCGCGUGUUCACAUUGGUGCGCGCUACACGAUGUCCCGGAUGAUGCUCGUACCGGAAGAGAAGGGGCAGCUCUCCCAGCCAUUUUGUGGCAGCAUCCCGCGAAUUGUUCGCAUCAAGCCUCGUAGAAUCGGAGGUGAAUCCCGCUGAAGGGGCGCCAUCAUGCCCGGACACCUGCAAGAAGGCUUCGGCUGCGUCGUGACCAACCGGUUCGACCAGUUAUUGGACGAUGAGUCCGACCCGUUUGAGAUCCUGAAAGCUGCAGAAAACAAGAAGAAGGAGGGGGCCGCCGCUGGGGCCACCAAGACCGCGGCUCAAGCUGCCAAGCAGCCGAAGAAGGAGUCACAGAAGGACAGGAAGAACCCGCUGCUCGACAAGAAGGAGGAGAGCCAGGCUCCAGUCCCCCUGAAGAAAGAAGGCAUCAGGCGGGUGGGUCGGCGGCCAGACCAGCAGGGUCAGCCUGGUUCCCAGCAUCAGGGUGGGCAGGGUGAGGGGCGACCCGGAGACAAGAGGCCGGACCGGAGACCUCCUCGUGAGCGCCGCUUUGAGAAGCCCACCGAGGACAAGCCUGAAGGAGGUGGAGAGUUCUCUGCAGACAAGCCUUCUGGAGACAGGCCCCCAAGAGGGCGUGGUGGCGGCCGGGGUGUGCGUGGUGGAAGAGGUCGGGGUAUGGGCCGAGGAGACGGCUUUGACUCCCGUGGGAAACGCGACUUCGACAGACACAGCGGCAAUGACAAAUCCAAUCAGAAAAGUGAGGAGAAGCGCAGCGGCAGCGGCUCACACAACUGGGGCAAUGUGAAGGAUGAAGUGAGUGAGGCUGAACAGGCUCCAGCUCCUGAGACGACCCCAGAGGGAGAGGAACAUGCACCUGCCGGUUCUGAGAACAAGGAGAAUGAGGUGGAAGAAGUUAAAAACGAAGGCCCCAAAGAGAUGACCCUGGACGAGUGGAAGGCCAUGCAGGACAAGGAACGCACCAAGGUGGAGUUCAACAUCCGUAAGCCCAACGAAGGAGCCGACAGCCAGUGGAAGAAAGGAUACGUUCUGCACAAGUCCAAGAGUGAAGAUAGGCCUGUCGGUGCUUUGAUUGAUGCCUCAGAGACGGAAGCAGAACCACCAACUCUGUACAAGGUGCCUGCAGUUCCCGCUUUGCAGGCCACCGCUGACGAGUCCAGUGACCACCACUUCCGCAAACCAGCCAACGACAUCACAUCUCAGCUGGAGAUCAACUUUGGAGACCUUGGCCGCCCCGGCCGCGGGCGUGGGGGCGCUCGCGGAGGCAGGGGAGGCCGUGGCGGGGGAGGCAGCAGGACAGCACGCGGGGGAGGACGUUCCGAAAAGGCUAGUGGAGUGUCAGUCCCCAAUGUGGAUGAUCCUGAGGCCUUCCCAGCUCUGGCCUAAAGGCUCCUUUUCCACCACCAGCCCACCCAUCAGCCCUUCCGGGGCCCCCCCCUCUACGAGGCUUGCAUGCUUACCACAUCUUCAAGUAUAUAAGAAAACAGAGAAAAAAAAAAAAAGAUUUUAAUGACAAAAAAAAGACUGUCAUCCCAUACCACUCACACCACCAGAGGACUAAAAUUUUACCUGUUUUAAAGGAGAACAAAAGACAAAAAAAAAGGCGAAAAAAGGACCUCUUGUUACACUGAAGUUUUGUAUUUAGGAACAUGAAAGCAGGGAUGUUUUCAUACUUUCUUCUUUUUUUCAGAGAUUAUGCAUACUUCAUUGACUUUUUUUAUUUUAUUUUUUUGUUUUGUGCUGCUAGAAUUUAUGCAUUUCUGCGAUUAGGUUGAAGUGUGUGUAUCUCUUCCCCUGAAGCUUUUGUGCUCGUUCCUCAUGACUUUAGCUCAGUAUUAUGGGAUCAUCUUAGAAAAGACUUUCUACUGGAGUGUCCCCCCCCCCGCCCCCACCCCUCCCAGUAAUACACACUGAUGUGGUAGCACUACACUACAUAGGAAACUUGUAAUAGAUAUCUGAAGUAUGGCUUAACAUGCAUUUAAAGUGUAAUUACUCUGAUCCUGACUACCCAUCCCGUUUGGGAGGCACAAAUUCAGGAUGGGUAACCAGGCGAAGUGACUUCCUACUAAAGCUUGGUAUUUUUCUGCUUGUUGUGCAGUGAAAGUAAAUGCCUCUUUUUCCUUUUUUGAUAGCUUGCCUUUUUUUUUUUUUGGUGGACCAGUGGUUAGUAAUGCUUUGUAUCCCCUGAUCCAGAUGUGCUUCCUGUGUUUUCAGGGUGUCCCAGGGCCCAAUGUAUAUCUUUAGGCUGGUCCUCUUAGGUCAUACAGACUGUACUACUUGUAUCUUCAGGACCACUAAGCAAAUAUUGUAUUUUUUUUUUUUUGUUAAGUGUGUGUGUGAGAGAGUGUGUGUGUGCGCGUGAGGGUAUGAAUGCAGCAAAGUGUGAAGCUGAAUGUGUGAUUUUUGACAGCUAGUUACUUAGAAUUUAAGUAUUCCUCUGCUAUGAACUUGCCAGUCUCAAAUGGUAGACUGUAAGUUCUCGCCUGAAGUAGUUCAUAAUGUCUUUUGAGAAGUGAUUGUUGAAAUCUAGGUGAGAAUGAUA